UUUACUCGGUUACUAAUGAUCGCCAUAGAAGAAGAAGCAAAUUGUGUAAACUUGACAAUCUUACAGACUGGGAUUGUGUGUUAGAGUGAGUGGGAUAAUAAUUUAUACCACCCUGUAAUUUUGUCCGUCCCUAAGCUUACAUGGAGAUACUAUGGUACAACCUUGGUACAAAUUUCAAAAUAAGUACACAAAGCCAACAAAGAGACUCAGAAGUUUAUAGUGGCACCAGCUUUCCUGGUCAAGAGUCCACUUUGUCAGACUGCAGCCCACAAAAGCUUAGGCCAUAUACAUCUAUCAGCCUUUAAGGGCUGCAAAGAUGAAUCAACAGAAGCAUUGUUCAUCUAUGGAAUCCAUCCUACAGGAGACAGUGAGGGAUAGCAACUUGGAUAGCUUGAAAAAAAGGAUAAGACUGACGUCUCUGCUCUGCCCUCGUGGUCCUAGGCAAUAACGCUUCUUGAUACUAGUUUCUGGAAAGCACACGAAGGCAGAGAAGACUCUUGUGCUCCAAUCCUGCUUGCCGGUUUCCCACAGGCAUCUGGUUGGCCUCUGUGAGAAGAGGAUGCUGGACUAGGUGGGCCUUUGCCUGAUCCAGCAGGCUCUUCUUAGGUUCCAAUAUAUUGCAAUAUUUUUACAGGUACAUGUAGCACUUAAGUUUUAUUUAUUUCACAAUGGAGACACUGUUACUUGAGCCUGAGAUCAUUUCUUCACUUCAGAAAGAAAAAAUAGAUGUGUCUAAUAAGCCAGUUCCACCAUAGAUCUGUAUUAUAAAAUGAUGGUGCUUUAUUAAGUGUGAAUGGAGUGAUCAUGUGUUGCUCCUGCCAUUAUCUCAUCUGCUUUUCAAAAAAUAUGAAACCUAGAGAGGACAGUGGAGAAUGAAGAUGUUACAAUGAGAGAAGGUGCAGAUUGGGAUUGACAGGUGUUCAGUUCCCUUUUUGUCUUUCUUGAAAGUCUAACAGGAUUCUCUUUCCUCCCUGACUCCCAAAAAGGUGAGGAAGAUGAAGGUCAGAUAUCUAUGGAGCCACCUGUGAAUUCAUUGGGAAGAACAAAGAAACAGUUUAAAUGUAUGGAAUGUGGGAUGUGCUUUUAUCACAGUGGAAGUCUAAGGAUACAUCAACAAACUCACAAAGGAGAGAAACUAUUUCAAUGUAUGAAGUGUGGAACAAACUUUAGUCAUAGUCAAGCACUUAGAAUACAUCAACGAACUCACACAGGGGAGAAACCAUUUGAAUGUAUGGAAUGUGGAAAGAGCUACAGUCGAAGUGGGGCACUUAGAAGACAUGAACGAGCUCACACGGGGGAGAAACCAUUUAAAUGCAUGGAUUGUGGAAAGAGCUUCAGUCGAAGUGAUAGACUUAGAAAACAUCAACGAAUUCACGUGGAGAAACCAUUUAAAUGUAUUGAAUGUAGAAAGAGCUUCAGUAAAGAUGAAGCACUUAGAAUACACCAACGAACUCACAUGGGGGAGAAACCAUUUGAAUGUAGGGAGUGCUAUAAGAGCUUCAGUCGAAGUAGGGCACUUAGAUUACAUCAACAAACUCACACCGGGGAGAAACCAUUUGAAUGUAUUGAAUGUGGAAAAAGCUUCAGUAGAAGUCGAAAUCUUAGAAUACAUCAACGAACUCACAUGGGGGAGAAACAAUUUAAAUGUAUGGAGUGCGGUAAGAGCUUUAGUCAAAGUGGAUAUCUUAGAAUACAUCAACGAACUCAUACAGGGGAGAAACCAUUUGAAUGUACUGAAUGUGGAAAGAGCUUCAGUGAAAGUGGGAAACUUAGAAGACACCAACGAACUCACACGGGGGAGAAACCAUUUAAAUGUAUUGAAUGUGGAAAGAGCUUCAGUCGUAGUGGAACACUUAGAAGACAUCAACAAAUACAUACAGAUAAACCAUUUAAAUGUAUUGAAUGUAGAAAGAGCUUCAGUCAAUAUGGACACCUUAGAAUACAUCAGCGAACUCACACAGAGGAAAAACCAUUUGAAUGUAUUGAAUGUGGAAAAAGCUUCAGUAGGAAUGGAACACUUAGAAUACAUCAACGAACUCACACGGGGGAGAAACCCUUUAAAUGUAUUGAAUGUAGAAAGAGCUUCAGUGAAAGUGGAUAUCUUAGAAUACAUCAACGAACUCACACGGGGGAGAAACCAUUUGAAUGUGUGGAUUGUGGAAAGAGCUUCAGUCGAAGUGGAUAUCUUAGAAUACAUCAACGAACUCACACAGGAGAGAAACCAUUUAAAUGUAUUGAAUGUGGAAAAAGCUUCAGUGAAGGUGGGAAACUUAGAAUACAUCAACGAACUCACACAAGGGAGAAGCCAUUUAAAUGUAUGGAGUGUGGAAUGAUCUUCAGCAAAAAUGGACGCCUUAGAAGACAUCAGCUAACUCAUACACAAUGAAAACUACAGGUGUACUGACUGUGGAAAGGGUUUCAGAGGGAGUGGAGACCUUAAUAUUCAUUAGUAAAUUCACAUGGGGGAAAUGAUAUAAAUGUAUAGAGUUUUCAACUCAGGGUUCACUACUUACAUCAAGAAACUCAUAAAGGGGGAAAUCAGUUGUAAAUGCAUGGAAUGAUGUUUUAGUGUUUGUACUUAAAUUUGUAUACACAUAUAUAUGUAUUAAAGUAAUGAAGGUCACAUACACUAAAUGUACAAAGUAAGUGGCAACUUUUUGCUAGAUAAACAGGGAGAGAGUGUGAAUCUGCAAUGCUCAA